UGACGUCAGGUUCGCAGAUGACGCAAAGUAAAUCUCAUUCCGGAGGAUCUACAAGAGAUUGUUAUGUUUUAAGGGAUGUUUUUAUACUUUUAAAACCAUAAUGUUUAUCUGGUCAUACCCACAUGGAUCACGAUGCGUCUGAGAACCAUCCACUGGAUAAGAAAAAGCCAGGACCAACCUCUAAACUUGAUUACCGUCUGCAACCAAACGCUGACCUCGCCCAUAGACCGUUCAUAGAUGCUCAAGUCGGUGGGGCGGGUAUCUCCUGUCUACACCAGGACACCUUGGACAUUGUCGAUGGCAUCCGCUCAGCCAACAGCCGGCCUCGUUCUGUGACUUUCUUGCCCGCCAUCGAGGAGUCGCUGAACGAAGACAAGGAGGACUUCGGGUUAAGCGGGUCAAGGUCAGCCUCAUCUAUUCUAACAUCCCGCCUUUUCUUUUCCGGAAGGGUGAGCAGCAAACCGGCGCUGACGAGUAUUUCCGAAGAAAGGAUAUUGAGAAACGUUUUCCAGAAUGAGACCGAAGUCGAUAGCAAUUCUCGCAAGAGGAGCAAAGCCCUGGGGGACGAAUCAAAGAAAGGCUUCAGUCAUGGCUACGGGGAUGUUGCUGCCGACCUGAGAGAUGUCUGCGAGGAGACGGCGGAGCUCAUGACGCCCGAAAAGCUUCAGGAUCUGACGCCCCAAAGUGAGACUCCUCUGACCAAGCCGCCUCUUUCAGCUCAAGCUGGUGGCGAAGGGCUGUUGACGCGUGACGACCGAGUCUGCAGUGCUUCAGUCGAGGCUGAAGAUUGCCCUACGCACAAACUCUUUGAAGCAGCUCCCUGGAAUGUAGCCAAUGAAAACAUGGAUGAGCUUGACACAAAUAAUAACAAACCAGAUCCCGUGGAAGAAACCAAUUCAUUGACAGACCAACCGACAGAUGACUUGGGGCAAGGCACGCAGGAAGACUCACACCACGAUGAUGCUGUCACUGGCGACGUCAAUGACCCCAGCCUCCAGGACCACAGCAAUGACCUGGUCAGCGUGUCGGCACCUUACGAGAGUGGAGCGAACGAAUUUCUGGACGACACGGAGCCCACAGAAUCGUCCAUCUCUCAAGAACUUGUAGCUUCUCACGAUGUACACAAGCCUGCCGAGGAACCAAUGGAUGCGUGCGGGGACGUUUACUUCACAUUGGGAGAAGAACAAAUUCUACCUGUUGGCGAAACAUGUUCGUCUGGCGAGAGUAUUGCCCCUGAAGUCUACCCAAGUCUGGACAGGUAUAUUCAACACAUUGUCUACAGGUCCUUGUGUCACGUGAUGGAUGACGUCACAAUGACCGACGUCCUCGCAGCACUGCAGCCUGGUCAUGACUUACAAGAUGUCAGAAGCCAGAAUAGUGAACUAUCCAAAUCAUCCACUGCGCCAAACUCCUCCAGAAUUAAAAGCUCCGGCUCGGAUUCCAUCAUCUCUGGCAGCGGUGACGUGUCCGCAGUUAGGGAGUCUCACUCGGAGCACACGGCCGACUCCACGAGCUCAGAGAAGCAGGACAAGGACAUGCAGGACAAGGAAGUGAAGAAAGCGAGAGAUAAAGAGACGGCGGGCAAACCACGUGGGAGGGAGAGAGAAAGAAAUAAAAGGAAGAAAGACCGCGAUGACCGCGCCAGCUCCACGGGGAAAAAGAAAUGGCUCCGGAAUACUUUAGGGCACGUCCACAGGAUGAACAAUGAGCUGAUGGAGGGAGAUAAUGUAGGCAGCCUUCAGCAGACUUCUCAUCCUCAGGCAAAGACGCAAGCUGAUACGAAGCCUGAGGAAGAAGAUAGAUUAGCGACGCCGAAUGACGUCGUAGCAGAGAGAAUAUGGGAGAUAGCUAAAUUGCUAGACACUCAGGAAACUUCAAGGAGUGAAGAUGCCGGGGAUGUUAGAGAACGCAACUUGAAGUCCACAUGCGGGCUCGAGUCUCAGACCGUUACCAACAGUGAGGAAACCCCGUUGGCAGACUAUCAUGAUGCCAGAGCUUCACACAGACCCACCGUUUCUAGCGAUACAGAGAAAGAAGAAGAGAAAAACAGGGACGAUUCUUUUACAACCGCGGAGUUGAGUAAGCCUGCUUCGAGCAGAUUAGGAAAAAGAACUUCGCUACAUCGACAGAAACAUCUAACAAGCGGAAGUGUCGUGAACAGCGCGUCGGUCAUUCCUGAGCAAGACGAUCUGCGGCAUGAGUCUUCCGUGGACCAGGGGAGAGAACUGAUCUGCGUGCAGGACAUCAAACAAAUGGAAGGUGAACUAUUGUCCACAGACAUGAGUACAUAUUUAUUCCACUCAGCUGGCUCUUACCUCACAUUAGGAAAUGAUGGCAUUCAGACAUGCACCAAGGAAAUGGAAGGCCAGAACACAGAGCAAGCUCUUAUUGCAGCAUCUUGUGUUUGUCUGGAACCGCUGAGUGUCAUGUAUGAUGAAUCAUUCAACCAUCCUCCAAAAUACUUGGAGAGCACCCCAACGAACUGUUCCCGGGUAUCAUCUGACGUAGGCGAUUUAGCAAACGAGGUUCAACCUGCAGAAAAUAUCGACACUGCUGCGAAAAAUCGAGACAGUCGAGGUCCAAUCGGUCCACAUGACAACCAUGCCGAGGGUGCUUUUGCCGGAAAGGGCGAGCAUGAACUUGCCAGGGAGAACACUUUCGAGUCACGGCCAAAGCAGCCUUCCGAGAAGAGUUCCACCGGCCAGCAAGAGAACAUGGACGUCUCAGAGUAUUUCACAGCUAACAACCUAGAGAUGGGAUACGACACUGGUUGUGAGACAGCUAAUUUUGUUGCCUCUCACGUUAACUUGCACGACAUCUCGGAGCAGUCGAUGACUUGUGAAGACGAUUCCUUUUACGAACUUAACUGUCAUAAAGAUGAGCCCGUGAAAGAUGGUGUGGGCGAAGCUGAGCCGCUAGGCAACGCCAUCUGGGAAGAGCAAGAAGAAAGCAUUAAGAUAAAACAAGCAUCGGCUCAUGAGACCGUUGGUGAUAAAGUUGUUUUGGCCCCUGCAGAGGUCAGAGAGGAACAAGAGGAAGAACAACUUAACUUCCAUAAAGAGGAGCCUAUGAAAGAUGGAAUGGGCGAAGCUGUGCCCCUACGCAAUGCCCUAUGGGAAGAACACGUAGAAAUCAUUAAAAUAGAACAAGCAUCAGCUCACCGUCUUACUGAUGAUAAUGUUUUGGGUUCUAUAGAUGUCAAAGACCUGAAAGAGAAUGAAGAAAAACACGACAAGCUCUACACCAAAGACGUAAGGGUUGAAGAGACCUCGGUAGCAGGAAACAUACCUGUAACUGUGGCUAAUGUAGAAAGUAAAGGUACUAAUUCACUUUUUGAAAGUCAUAAUCAAAUUCCCAGUGAUCUUGGGGGUGACAAUCAAACGGCGCUUCUUGCAGAUGAAUGCGACGAGCCCGAGUGUACACAAAGACUCCACGAUGCAGGCGAUAACUUUAAAAAGAAUGUGUCGGAGGACGAUGAAGUGGUACCACAACUUUCAAAUCUACCGAAAGAAGACAUGGAUCUAUAUAACACCAUCCCUGAAACAGCGAUAUUUUUGGAACCACAAACAAAUGAGGAAAAGGACCACACUUAUAAAGUGAUGUCCACCAGAGAGUCUCAAGCUUUUCUCGAGAUAGACCUAAAGAUAUCAUCUAGUGGUUGUUUAGAUAAUCACUCUGAGAAUAUAGAAGAAUCAGUGGACCAGCCAUAUCAGCAUAAACACGAAGACUUUAGGGAUGAGGUUAAGACGAUGUGCAUUACACUAGAAACCCAGAGAGAAGCAGCAACAAAAGAUUACAAAAAUUUAGUAGAAAAUUUAGAAGAUUUAUCAGUAUUACCAGAUUUUGAACACAAUCUUGAGGUAAUAGAAGAGACGGAUGAAGUAGACCCCUCAAACCUUGCUAAAGAGAGUAAACAUGUCCUAAAAGAUGAUGGUCCAACGGAUACUGUUGCAAGUGGACUCCAAAGCAAUGUUUCCACUAUAGUUUCCAAAACCUUAAGCAGCUUCGGCAUACCAAUUGCUUUCUUAGGCACCAACUCUGGAAGCACUUUGUCUGAAACCGGCGCUGGGGAAGAAGAGCCGAACGCUAAUGUAGGUGUCACCAAUAGGUUGCCUGAUGGUAACGUGACUAGUUUGGCAUCCGCUGAGGGGAGCUGUGUUGAUGUGCGUGCACUUCACGGUGAAAACUCAGAAAGCACACCGGAUAUUUCACCCGGUAUUUCUAACAAGAGCAGCAAAAGGGUACUAGACAAGACUAGCAGUGAGAUGUUAAAUAAAAUAAUGGCCGUACACACAUCCGUGCUAAGCGGUGAUCCGUUUCAGUACACUACUAAAAUUAUUGCUGAAGCUGAAGGCACUGACGUUGACGAUGCUGUCACGUGUUCCAACUGGGCAAUGGUUUCUAAGAUCAGCGAUGUCAAAAUGGACUCAGAUGACAUGAAAAGCUACCAUGCAAGACUAAACAUCUGCCUACAUGAGCUGAAGUCUAGAAUAGAGGAAGUUGAUACCGCGGUGGACGAAGUCCAAGUUGUACAUGCUAAGAACAAUACAUCGGACAAAGUUGAAUCUCCUAAACAGGCGACAUCCAACACAGGCCCAGAUCCCCAACAAGAAGAGAAUGCAACACUUGUAAGACUGGUAGGAUCUAAUGUUGACUUUGUCCAUUCCUCUGAGCAGGACUUGUACGAGAAUGUAUAUCAAACUCCAUUCAAUGGCUUUGGUUUGAGUCCCAUAGCACGCUCUAAAUCACUAACAGACAUUAGUGAUGCAAUAUCUAGUCUUGUUGACCAAUUCGAUGAUAGUAUUAACGUGUCUGGAACAUUUGAACUAAAUGGAAUCUAUGGCCAGGAAACAACUCCUCAUGAUAAAUUUAGUAAUGAAGUUUAUUUUACUGUUGAUACAGAGGCUAGCAACAACAUACAAAUGGAAGGACAGAACAUCCCAUAUAAGUCAUUGACACCGGUAAAUAUCGAUAAAGAUCGUGCAACUAACUGUAAAUCGGCUGGCUCGGGUUCAGAAUCUGACGUGGAUUCAAAAAUCAGUAGCGUGGACAGAUCGCCUGUCUGUGUGGUCAACACCUCUCUCUCCCAGGUGACUUACAAAGCAACACCUUAUAUCGGCGAGGUUACAACCGCGUCUACAGUCGAAAGCGAGGUCGACGAGAUAAUAGAACGGAACAGUGUGAACCAAACGUAUGCAAAUAUCACGGGUCAUGUCACCGGGUCAUCAUCUAGCGCCGAACCUGUGCUGGCAAUGUCAGCUGAGAGUAUCAAACAUGAACACAUUGCUGCCAAUGUAGAUCAUCUGGAGAGUCAAGAUAGUGCGAAAGGAGAAGACCUUAAAGACGUUGAAUCUAAAUUUGGCAACGACACUAUGGCAGUAGACAAAGUCAAUGCUAUUGAUAACAUGAUUAAUGAUGAAGAUUCAAUCAAUGACAAGGGAAUGAAAAAUGUUGAUAAACUCAAUGUCAUAGAAGAAGAGGAUGAAAAGCGAGUCAUUAAAGAUGUUGAUAAACUGGAAAAAGACGAUGUUGAAACCAUGACCGAUCUUGUGAUAAACGAUAAUGUAGAAAAUGUUCACAUGAAUGAUGUAGUUCCUAUAGACUGUAAAGAAGAAAGUGUUGAUACAAUCAAUGAUGUAGAAGAGACCGCAAUAGAAAAGAAUGAGAAAAAGAUUCCUAUUGAUACUGUAGACGUAGUUGAUAACGUUGAUAACAUCAGUGAUGUCGACGAUGUUAUCCAACUCGGAAAUAUUCAUUAUCUCGCUGACUUAAACCAAGUGGAUACUGUAGACGUAGUUGAUAACGUUGAUAACAUCAGUGAUGUCGACGAUGUUACCCAACUCGGAAAUAUUCAUUAUCUCGCUGACUUAAACCAAGUGGAUAAGUCCGAUGAUGUUCAAAAAGAUAAUGAGCAAGUCAAGAGUGAGAAAACAGUUGAUAACGAGAAUGACGUGACGGAUGUUAAGUAUGCAGAAUAUGGAAAUAGAGUUGAAAAUGUUGGUGUUGAUAACACUGACAGUGGUAUGGCUAACGAUACCAACGUAGUCACCAAACUAAAGGGGAAGGGCGAUGACGACAAUGAUGUGGGAUGUGGUGAUGAGCCAGACACAGAAAAGGAUGAAAGGAUCGUUCAACUAUGCGAGGCAGCGAAUGUUAAUAAUAUUGACGAGGUAAAUGAUGCAGAAAGCAAUGGGAAAGCCUGUGAAGGUGAAAAUGUUGAUCAAGUCAAAGAUGUUGAAAAUGUUGAUCACGUCUGUAAUGUUCAAAAUGUUGAUCAAGUCUGCGAUGUUCAAAAUGUUGAUGAAGUCUGUGAUGCUGAAAAUGUUGAUCAAGUCUGCGAUGUUCAAAAUGUUGAUGAAGUCUGUGAUGCUGAAAAUGUUGAUCAAGUCAAAGAUGUUGAAAAUGUUGAUCACGUCUGUAAUGUUCAAAAUGUUGAUCAAGUCUGCGAUGUUCAAAAUGUUGAUGAAGUCUGUGAUGCUGAAAAUGUUGAUCAAGUCUGCGAUGUUCAAAAUGUUGAUGAAGUCUGUGAUGCUGAAAAUGUUGAUCAAGUCUGUGAUGUUCAAAAUGUUGAUGCUGUCUGUGAUAAUGUUGAAAUCGUUGAGGAAGUCUGUGAUGUUCAAAAUGUUGAUCAAUGCUAUGAUGUUCAAAAUUUUAAUAGCAAGAAAAAUGUGAAAAAAUCAUUUCAAAUACAUAAAACACAAAUUGGCGUUUUAGAAUCUAAGAUGGAAAACAGUCAAAAAGUCAUCGAUUUGGAAAAUGUUGAACAAGACACUGAUAAAGAACAUGUUGAACAAGUCUAUGUUCAAGGAACUGUUGAAAAAGUAAAUGAAGUAAACUAUUCUGAACAGCAAUUAUCACAAUUCGGGGAAGACAUUGUUGAAGAUAAUUCUAGAAAUAAGGAAGCAGCCGAUGGUAGAAUUACUUCUGAUGAAACAGGAAACGAAAAUGUCAAUGACGUCAGCUAUGAGUAUGCAGACAGCUGUGUCGACCACGUGGCCGGAUGUAAUGACAGUCAAGAUGGCGCUAGAAUUAGCAGCGUUGAUAACGAAGCUGUACACAGUGCUGUUGAUAACCAUGGUUAUGAGAAUGAUAAAUCUACAGUCGAUUACAACCAAGAUGAUCUAGAUCGAAUCAGACGUUUCGAUUCAAGUUAUAAAGAGGAAUCGAUAGACGAUAAAUUAAGUUACAUAGGUACCUCCAGCAACGUGGAUAACAGAAAUGAACCUUUUUUCACACAUAUCGAAGUUGGCAACCAUGAGGGAAAAGAAAUGACGUCAUGUAUCGCUAAGCAGACUACAGCCGGAGUUACCGAUCUUGGUCAAGAGCAACAUGAUAUAAAAGAAACCGCAGACAUUGACUAUGUGGCUAAUGCUGUUUUAUUAAACGCAGAAGAAAGAUCUAAGAUGGUGGAUUGGUUGGAGAGCGGUGUGGAUGGAGGAGGCGCUGAUACUGACGCGGCAGUUUCAAAGUGUAAUAAUAUCGAUGUAGAGGAUAGCGACAAUGUUGAUGGUGCCGUCGAUCAAGCGAACGGAGCUAGAAAGAGUGAUGUGGAUGAAUUAGCUCGUAAUGACAACCAGGAGAAAGUGUGUGGAGACUUCGCUGCUGAUGAUGGGGCUAAAGACUCUGAUGGUAAUGGAGCUACUGUUAUACAUGGUACAGGUACAGACAGAACUGACAUUUCUGAUGUCAACUUAGCUGAAAAUGGCAUUGCUGAAUUUGGCAUAGCGGAACUAGGCAUUGCUGAGCAUGAUAUUGCUGAGACCGUUGCUUCAGCUGAAGGCAAGGAUAAUUCUGAAUUAUCCCGAGUUGAAACACUUGAUGUCAUAAAAACUUCAGAGGGUAACUACAUAGUUCAUGUUGAUACGACCGGUGUUGAAACAGCCGAAGGAGCAGGAGGAGUAAGUAAAGCUGAAGACACAGCUGGCUGUAAUACGACCGAAGUUGGAGCAACGGCUGCUGCAGGUGAAACCAUCACAGACAACAUUGAACUCAGAUUUCUUGAUAAUGUAGGUGAUAACAAGGAAGCAGAUGAGAGACAAUGUAAUGCUACUGUCUAUACUGUUCUGUCUUCGGGCGAGUCCUUGGGGAUGGUACAUUUGGAUAAGACGCUGUUUGGAGAAGUAAGUGCUCAAGAGAAAGAAGAAAAUAUUAUCUGCGAAGGGAUCACGUGUGACAUUGCUGUGGAGAAGAUUGUCGCAGCUCAAAAGGAAAUGUUUGAAAAGGAUGUUCCAGGCUUAGAGGGUAUGCCUGAUGAGGCCACAAAAAGCCAGAUUUCGGAACCAAACAACACUGCCGCAACCAACAGGGAGAUUGUCCCACUCUCGGAGUAUGACUCCUCCCAUGGAGAUGUGCCAGCAGACAAGAAUGCUGCACAGUACGAGACAGCGCCCCAGCCUCGAGAGAACAUCUUGCUUCAUGACGCGGAAACCAAUGAAGACGGGACAUUUGCUGAACUCUUUGUUACACAAGAUAAACCCUUGAUGAUGGACAGUGAUGGCGGACAACGAAAUAGCCACAUCGAAAAAGAGCGGGAAAAUAGUGAUGAUGACGUCUACGGAGAGGUUUGUAUAUCUAAAUCUGAUCAGGAACAAAUGUUUAGACAUGAGCAAGAACGUAUUCUGAACUAUGAUAAUGAUUUAAAACACUUUGAAAUUCAAGAUGGAAGAGAAUACUUUGCAGGUGAGGUUGAAUCAGAACACAUUUCACAUUUAGUUGAAUCAGGACACGUUUCACGUGAAGUUGAGUCAGAACACAUUGAUCUUGAAGUUGAAUCAGAACAUAUUUCACAUUUAGUUGAAUCAGGACACGUUUCACGUGAAGUUGAAUCAGAACACAUUUCACAUUUAGUUGAAUCAGGAAACGUUUCAUGUGAAGUUGAGUCAGAACACAUUGAUCUUGAAGUUGAAUCAGAACACAUUGAUCUUGAAGUUGAAUCAGAACACAUUUCAAGUGAAAUUAAAUCAGAACACAUUGAUCUUGAAUUUAAAUCAGAACACAUUGAUCUUGAAGUUGAGUCAGAACACAUUGAUCUUGAAGUUGAGUCAGAACACAUUUCAAGUGAAGUUAAAUCAGAACACAUUGAUCUUGAAGUUGAGUCAGAACACAUUUCACGUGAAGUUAAAUCAGAGCACAUUGAUCUUGAAUUUGAAUCAGAACACAUUUCACGUGAAGUUAAAUCAGAGCACAUUGAUCUUGAAAGUGAGUCAGAACACAUUUCACGUGAAUUUAAAUCAGAGCACAUUUCUCGUGAAGAUGAAAUAGAAAAGGUUGCACGUCAAGAUGAAUCAGAAUACAUUGUACUUGAAUAUGCAUCGAAACAAAUUGUACUUGAAAAUGAAUUAGAAAACAUAGCACGUCAAGAUGAAGUAGAACAUAAUGCACUUGAAAACGAAUCAGAACACGCUGUUCUUAAGAAUGAUUCAGUACAAAUUGCACUUAAGGAUGAAUCAGAACAAAAUGCACUUCAAGAUGAAUUAGAACAUAUUGCCCGUGAAGAUAAAUCAGAACAAGCUGCAAUUCAAGUCUAUGAACAAAUAUCAGAUGAACAGAAAGUCUUUGAAGAAAUAACAGAUGAACAGAAAGUCUAUGAAGAAAUAUCAGAUGAACAGAAAGUCUUUGAAGAAAUAACAGAUAAACAGAAAGUCUUUGAAGAAUUAACAGAUAAACAGAAAGUCUAUGAAGAAAUAUCAGAUAAACUCAGAGUCUUUAAAGAAAUAUCAAAUGAACAGAAAGUCUUGGAAGAAAUUUCAUAUGAACAGAAAGUCUAUGAAGAAAUAUCAGAUGAACAGAAAGUAUUUGAAGAAAUAUCAGAUGAACAGAAAGUAUUUGAAGAAAUAUCAGAUGAACAGAAAAUCUUUGAAGAAAUAUCAGAUGAACAGAAUGUCGAAGAAAUUUCAUAUGAACAGAAAGUCUUUAAAGAAAUUUGUUAUGAACAGAAAAUCUAUGAAGAAAUAUCAGAUGGACAGAAAGUCUUAGAAGAAAUUUCAUAUGAACAGAAUGUCUAUAAAGAAAUAUCAGAUGAACAGAAAGUCUUUGAAGAAAUUUCAUAUGAACAAAAAGUCUAUCAAGAUAUAUCAGAUGAACAGAAAGUCUUUGAACAAUUAUCAGAUGAACAGAAAGUCUUUGAAGAAAUAUCAGAUGAACAGAAUGUCUAUAAAGAAAUAUCAGAUGAACAGAAAGUCUUGGAAGAAAUUUCAUAUGAACAGAAAGUCAAUCAAGAUAUAUCAGAUGAACAGAAAGUUUUUGAAGAAAUAUCAGAUGAACAGAAAAUCUUUCAAGAAAUAUCAGAUCAACAGAAUGUUUUUGAAGAAAUAUCGGAUGAACAGAAAGUCUUUGAAGAAAUAUCAGAUGAACAGAAAGUCUAUGAAGAAAUAUCAGAUGAACAGAAAGUCUUUGAAGAAAUAACAGAUGAACAGAAAGUCUAUGAAGAAAUAGAUGAACAGAAUGCCCUUGAAGAAAUAUCAGAUGAACAGAAAGUUCUGGAAGAAAAUGUAUAUGAUCAGAAAGGCUAUGAAAAAAUAUCAGAUGAACAGAAAGUUCUUGAAGAAAUUUCAUAUGAACAGAAACUCUUUAAAGAAAUUUUAUAUGAACAGAAAGUCUAUGAAGAAAUAUCAGAUGAACAGAAAUUCUUUGAAGAAAUAUCAGAUGAACAGAAUGUCUUUGAAGAAAUUUCAUAUGAACAGAAAGGCUUUGCAGAAAUAACAGAUGAACUAAUAGUCUUUGAAGAAAUAGAAGAUGAACAGAAAGUCUUUCAAGAAAUAUCAGAUGAACAGAAAGGCUUUGAAGAAAUAUCAGAUGAAGCGAAUGUCUUUGAAGAAAUAUCAGAUAAACAGAAUGUCUUUGAAGAAAUAUCAGAUGAACAGAAUUUUUUUGAAGAAAUUUCAUAUGAACAGAAAGUCUAUGAAGAAAUAUCAGAUGAACAGAAUGUCUUUGCAGAAAUAACAGAUGAACUAAUAGUCUUUGAAGAAAUAGAAGAUGAACAGAAAGUCUUUCAAGAAAUAUCAGAUGAACAGAAAGGCUUUGAAGAAAUAUCAGAUGAACAGAAAGUCUUUGAAGAAAUAUCAGAUGAACAGAAAGUCUUUGAAGAAAUAUCAGAUGAACAGAAAGUCUUUGAAGAAAUAGCAGAUGAACAUAAAGUCUUUGAAGAAAUAUCAGUUGAACAGAAAGUCUUUGAUGAAAUAUCAGAUGAACAGAAAGUCUUUGAAGAAAUAUCAGAUGAACAGAAAGUCUUUGAAGAAAUAUCAGAUGAACAGAAAUUCUUUAAUGAAAUAUCAGAUGAUCAGAAAGUCUGUGAAGAAAUAUCAGAUGAACAGAAAUUCUAUGAAGAAAUAUCAGAUGAAAAGAAAUUCUUUGAAGAAAUAUCAGAUGAACAGAAAGUCUUUGAAGAAAUAUCAGAUGAACCGAAUAUCUUUGAAGAAAUAUCAGAUAAAAAGAAUGUCUUUGAAGAAAUAUCAGAUAAACAGAAAGUCUUUGAAGAAAUAUUAUAUGAACAGAAAGGCUUUGAAAAAAUAUCAGAUGAACCGAAUGUCUAUGAAGAAAUAUCAGUUGAACAGAAAGGCUUUGAAAAAAUAUCUGAUGAACACAAAUUUUAUGAAGACAUAUCAAAUGUUCAGGGAGAAAUACCAGAUGAACAAUACAAUCAAGUAGAUGAAUUUUCUGAAAGGCAGAUCAGGGUUCAAGACCAUGAAUCAGAAGAAGACAAUGAUGCAGAAAAGUCAGACAAUGCUCAUUGUAGACAAUACAUCGCCUCAGAGAAAGUCAAUGAAAAUAUUGAAAGUGAUCAGCAUGUGACGCACAACGCCUUGAACUUUGACAAAGACACUUUUGACUCUUUGGAGAACAUUGACACGUCUGGUGUGCCAGGUUCGGAGACUGAGGAUGCUGGCCACAAGUACAUCGUGCACGAUGUCUUCGCCGACAGAGACAUCCGACAUCUUCACUUCUUACCUGACACGAACUAUUUAGACGACGAUUGGGUGAUAGAGACCAAUAUGAUGGACUUGACCAGAAGGCUCAAUACUUUCAGACAUUGUGAUUUAGAGGAAGACAGUCUCACACCUGUGGAUGUGCCAAUGGGUAAUGCUGAAUCAUUCAAUCAGGAACAAACCGCCGAAUGCAGACAUUACGAUGAGAGCGGGGAACAUUUCGAAACGGGCUUCACAAGGGAAGUGAACCAAGCAAACGGUGAUGACGUCAAUGAAGCCUAUACAAACGACUUUACUCAUGAUGGGAAAUCAUUCUCAGAACGCUUUGCAGACGAUAAUUAUUUCGAGGAUGAAUGGGAAGCAGAAGUGGGCUUGAUGGAUAUAACAAGACGGAUGAAAGCCUUUAGAGAAAGUAGAGUUAUAGGAAAUGCAGUAGAUCUCACAUCGCCUAAUGAUGCCCCAUUGCUACAUCAUCUCACAUCGUCGAGUGAUGCCCCAUUGUUGCAAGAUCUCACAUCGCCAAACGAUGUCCCAUUGUUACAUGAUUUCACAUCACCGAGUGAUGCCCCAUUGCUACAUAAUGUUACAUCACCAAAUGAGGUCCCGUUGCUUGAUGUCACAUUGCCUAAUGAUGAUCAGGUGUCGUAUGGUGUCACUGUGCCUAAUGAUGAUCAGGUGUCGUAUGGUGUCACUGUGCCUAAUGAUGAUCAGGUGUCGUAUGGUGUCACUGUGCCUAAUGAUGAUCAGGUGUCGUAUGGUGUCACUGUGCCUAAUGAUGAUCAGGUGUCGUAUGGUGUCACUGUGCCUAAUGAUGAUCAGGUGUCGUAUGGUGUCACAUUGCCUAAUGAUGAUCAGGUGUCGUAUGGUGUCACUGUGCCUAAUGAUGAUCAGGUGUCGUAUGAUGUCACAUUGCCUAAUGAUGAUCAGGUGUCGUAUGAUGUCACAUUGCCUAAUGAUGAUCAGGUGUCGUAUGAUGUCACAUUGCCUAAUGAUGAUCAGGUGUCGUAUGGUGUCACUUUGCCGAAUAACGCCCCGUGUCCAAAUAAUGCGCCUUCGUCAGAUGAUGUUCCAUUGAUGGGUACUAUUUCAUCGCCGAAUGAUGUCCCAAUCUUGGAUGAUGUUUCAUCGCCGAAGGAGGGCCCAACACUGAAUGAUGUUUCGUCGCUAAAUGAAUUACAAAAAGCAAAGGAUUCUCCCGACCUGACGUCCAUGCAUCAUCUGGAUCAAUGCAAACAUUUUGAACUACCAGAGACUAACAAGAAACAAACAAAUGUUCAGGCUGAAAUCAAAGAUUCUGGAAAUGAACUUUCAAAUAAUGAACAAAAACGUGUCGAAGCUCGUUAUAUAGAAAAACCAGACAAUAUUCAAUGUACCAAUGAGGAUGUUACUCUCUAUGCUUAUAUGGUACAUCUGAAAAGGGAAACAUUAGAGGACUAUGAUAGUCCAAGUAAAGAGAGAUUGGUUCUACGCAAUCAUUUCUACAUAGAUGACGCCGAUGAACAGCUCUACGACGAAGACAGCUCUGUGGAACGCACGGACGGUGUUGUAGGCUCGUAUGAUGCUGCAGACGAGGACUCCUUCAGCCACCAGAUCAGCAGCACCGUCGAAAUAGCUGUCAACAAUUCUCAUCGGCCUGCACAAACUUCAGACUCUGUGGACGUUCCACACACUUUGAUCACACAGGAUGUCGCAGGGGCAUCGGAAGAGCCCGGUGGCAGCCCAUUAGCAUCGGACAACGCCGCCAUGGCAACUGAAGCUGGCGACCAGGUCCACAAUGAUGCUCACGUAGCCAGCGUCACCUUAACUGAGUCUGUGAGACUCGCUGAUCAAUGUAUUAAUCUCAAAGAAGUCAUUAACGUCUCGGAACAAGGCGUUCAGAUUAAAGAGGUCAUUACUAUUUCCGAGAAAAACCUAACAUUUGGGGGAAAAGAACAAAAUAUUCUUUCCUUGGAUACACAGGCAGACAGCAGUGUUAACCCGAUGGUUCAUACGCGAAUAUUCUCCACGCCAACCAAAACAAUCAGCAUGACAGAAACCAUCUCACUGAAUGAUGACGUCAUUCAAAUUAACGAAAGCCUACACAUCCAAACUAUUAAACAAGAUGGCGCUCACCAAUUAGAUGCAAAGCCAAAUCUGGACAAGUUAGGUCUAAAUCCCAGCCUGGGCAAAGAAAUAUUUUCUGAAAUGAAAGGGGCCUCAGAUCAGAGUGGACAACUCGGGACAGGGAACUUUUUUGAACACGCGAAGCAGGAAAGUGAAACCCCAACUGCAGAAGAUUUAUUUUCUAGUAAAAGCCAUGAUGUCCCUGGUCAGCCCAAUACCAGGGAAGAAAGAUACAAUGACUAUAAUGAAAAACGUUUACUUCAUUACUACCAAGACGAUAAUAAUGAGCAUGUAGCCAGUGAAUCACAAGAGGGUAAAGAUGAACAAUUAGCCAUUGACACCAAAGAAGGUGACGAGAAACUACUAAUUGAUGCCAAAGAGAAUAAUGUAGAACUAAUUGGUAUUGAAACUGAAGAGGGACAUGAGAAACAGCAAGCUCUUGACGCUAAAAUAUAUCAUGUUCAACAACAAACAUUUGACGCGCGAAAUGAACACGUAACUUACGCCCAUACGUCUAGUGAGGACCGACUGGCUAGUGAUGUCACAGAAAAUCAAGAAGAAAUCCUUGCUCUUGGCAUACAAGAGGUUAAGAAUGAACACCUUGAUACUGGCCUGGAAGAGAAGAACGAAGAACAGCUUGGUGUGGACGCCAAAGAGGAUGAACAAUUAACAAGCGAUGCACAAGAAAGUCAUGACAAAGCACAAGUCGGUGAAGUUCAAGAGGUUAUAGACAUACAACAAAUUUCUGACAUCCAAGAAGGUCCAUUUCAAGAACCAACUCUGAACUACAAAGUCGUCAAUGAAAAUAUACAGAAACAAUUAGCUAUUGAAAGCCAAGAGAAUAACAAGGAACAGCUGGUUACAGACGCCCAAGAGGAUAUUGAACCUCUGUGUAUUGAAGCCAAGGGACAGCUGGUUACAGACGCCCAAGAGGAUAUUGAGCCUCUAUGUAUUGAAGCCAAGGAACAGCUGGUUACAGACGCCCAAGAGGAUAUUGAGCCACUAUGUAUUGAAGCCAAGGGACAGCUGGUUACAGACGCCCAAGAGGAUAUUGAGCCUCUAUGUAUUGAAGCCAAGGAACAGCUGGUUACAGACGCCCAAGAGGAUAUUGAGCCUCUAUGUAUUGAAGCCAAGGGACAGCUGGUUACAGACGCCCAAGAGGAUAUUGAGCCUCUAUGUAUUGAAGCCAAGGAACAGCUGGUUACAGACGCCCAAGAGGAUAUUGAACCUCUGUGUAUUGAAGCCAAGGGACAGCUGGUUACAGACGCCCAAGAGGAUAUUGAGCCUCUAUGUAUUGAAGCCAAGGGACAGCUGGUUACAGACGCCCAAGAGGAUAUUGAGCCUCUAUGUAUUGAAGCCAAGGGACAGCUGGUUACAGACGCCCAAGAGGAUAUUGAACCUCUAUGUAUUGAAGCCAAGGGACAGCUGGUUACAGACGCCCAAGAGGAUAUUGAACCUCUAUGUAUUGAAGCCCAAAAGUAUAAAGACGUUAAACUAGUUUUUAACGUCCUCAAAGCUAGUGAAGUACAACUAGCUAUUGAAGCCCGAGGAGAUAAAGAAGAGAUAUUUGUUUCCCAUGUCCAAGAGAGUAAAGAGGAAGAACUGACUCUUAGAGGAAAAGAAGAGUUCAAUGAGCGACUAGUUAAUGACGCAGACGAGAAUACUGGCCCAAUAGAUUUGAAAGUACAAGUAACUGAAUACCAAGAAAAACAUGAAGACUUGGAUAUAAAUACGUUUAAACAAGAAGUACAAACACAUGGCGACCAAUUAGCUGUUAACGUCCAAGGAUCAGAGAACGCCCAAUUAGCUGCUAACGUCCAAGGAUCAGAGAACGACCAAUUAGCUGCUAACGUCCAAGGAUCAGAGAACGACCAAUUAGCUGCUAACGUCCAAGGAUCAGAGAACAACCAAUUAGCUGCUAAUGUCCCGGAAUCUGAGGACCUACAAACAAAUGACGGACAAUUAGCUGAUAACUUCCUCAAAUCUAAUACGAACGUAGACAUGAGUGACGACAAACAAGCCAGCGUGGAACAACACGCUAGUAACAUCUCAGAAAUAAACAACACGCUACAAAAUGUAGAGUAUCAAGAAACUCAAGAGGACAAACAAUCUCUACAAUUGAUUGAGAGCCAUUUUCAAGUUGAUUGUUGUGAGACAACAAGAUAUCAAGAAACAAUCGACUUCCUACACGUUUGUGAACCAGUAAACAUGACACAAUUAGCUUCUGACAUAAAACAAAUUUACAAGGAAAACGAAACUCAUGACCGGAAAUCUGUUGAGUACCAAGAAACUUAUGACCAGAAAUCUGUUGAGUACCAAGAAACUCAUGACCAGAAAUCUGUUGAGUACCAAGAAACUCAUGACCAGAAAUCUGUUGAGUACCAAGAAACUCAUGACCGGAAAUCUGUUGAGUACCAAGAAACUCAUGACCAGAAAUCUGUUGAGUACCAAGAAACUCAUGACCAGAAAUCUGUUGAGUACCAAGAAACUCAUGACCGGAAAUCUGUUGAGUACCAAGAAACUCAUGACCAGAAAUUUGUUGAGUACCAAGAAAUUCAUGACCAGAAAUCUGUUGAGUACCAAGAAACUUAUGACCAGAAAUCUAUUGAGUACCAGGAAACUCAUGACCAGAAAUCUGUUGAGUACCAGGAAACUCAUGACCAGAAAUCUGUUGAGUACCAAGAAACUCAUGAUCGGAAAUCUGUUGAGUACCAGGAAACUCAUGACCAGAAAUCUGUUGAGUACCAAGAAACUUAUGACCAGAAAUCUGUUGAGUACCAAGAAACUCUUGACCAGAAAUCUGUUGAGUACCAAGGAGCUAGUGACAGUAAAUCUGUUGAGUACCAGGAAACUCAUGACCAGAAAUCUGUUGAUAACAAAGAAGCUAAUGAUCAAUUAGCUGUUGUAGACCAAAACAGCUUUGGUGAAAAUGAGCAAACAGCUGUCGAUGAUGUUGUUGAUGGACAAAUAGCUAUUUGCCAAAUAGCUGUGGAUGACCAAGACGCUAUUUACCAAGAAACUGUUGAUGACAACAAAGAAGCUAAUGACCAAAUAGUUGUUCAUGACCAAGAAACUAUAGUUGACCUAGCAGCUUAUGAACUAAUAGCUGUUGACGAACAAGAAGCUAAUGACCAAAUAGCUGUUAAUGAUCUGAUAGCUGUUAAUGACCUGAUAGCUGUUAAUGACCAAAUACUGGUUAAUGAACAAAUAGCUAUAAACGAACAAAUAGCUGUUGAUGAACAAAUAGCUGUUGUAGGCAAAAAAGCUAUUGAUUUAAUAUGUAUUGAUGAACAAGAAGCCAGUGGCUUACCAGCUGUGGAUGAGCAAAUAGCUGUAGACGAACAAAUAACUGUUGAUGAACAAAUAGCUGUUGAUGAACAAAUAGCUGUUUGUGAACAAAUAGCUGUUGAUGAGCAAAUAGCUGUUGAUGAACAAAUAGCUGUUGAUGAGCAAAUAGCUGUUGAUGAACAAAUAGCUGUUGGUGAACAAAUAGCUGUUUGUGAACAAAUAGCUGUUUGUGAACAAAUAGCUGUUGAUGAGCAAAUAGCUGUUGAUGAACAAAUAGCUGUUGGUGAACAAAUAGCUGUUUGUGAACAAAUAGCUGUUGGUGAACAAAUAGCUGUUGAUGAACAAAUAGCUGUUGGUGAACAAAUAGCUGUUGAUGAACAAAUAGCUGUUGGUGAACAAAUAGCUGUUUGUGAACAAAUAGCUGUUGAUGAACAAAUAGCUGUUGAUGAGCAAAUAGCUAUUCAUGAACAAAUAGCUCUUCAUGAACAUGGCUUCAUGGCUGUUCAUGACCAAGCAAUUGAUGACCAAAUAGCUGCUGAUGACCAACAAGUGAAUGACCGAAUAGCUAUCGAUGACCAAGAAGUCAAUCACCUAAUAGCUGUUGAUGAACAAAUAGUUGUUGAUGACCUAGAAGUGAAUGAUCUUAUAGCUAUUGGUAUCGAAGAAGCUAAUGACCAAACUUUUGUUGAUGAACAAGAAACUAUUAAUCCUAUAGCUGUUUAUGACCAAAUAGCUGUCUAUGACCAUAAAACUAAUGAUCUAAUAGUUGUUGGUAACCUAGAAAAUAAUGAGCCACUGUCUUCUGACAUCCAGGAAGCUAAUAACCUAAUAAAUGUUCAACAUUCAACUAGUGAUACAAGACAAUCGUGUGAUGAACAAUUACUUGUGGAUGAACAAUUACUUGUGGAUGAACAAUUAUUUGUGAAUAAACAAUCAUUUGUGAAUGAACAAUCACUUGCGAAUGAACAAUCACUUGUGAAUGAACAAUUACUUGUGAAUGAACAAUCACUUGUGGAUGAACAAUUACUUGUGGAUGAACAAUCACUUGUGGAUGAACAAUCACUUGUGGAUGAACAAUCACUUGUGAAUGAACAAUUACUUGUGGAUGAACAAUUACUUGUGGAUAAACAAUUACUUGUGAAUGAACAAUCACUUGUGAAUGAACAAUCACUUGUGAAUGAACAAUUACUUGUGAAUGAACAAUCACUUGUGGAUGAACAAUUACUUGUGGAUAAACAAUCACUUUUGGAUGAACAAUUACUUUUGGAUGAACAAUUACUUGUGGAUGAACAAUUACUUUUGGAUGAACAAUUACUUGUGAAUGAACAAUUGCUUGUGAAUGAACAAUUACUUGUGGAUGAACAAUUACUUGUGAAUGAACAAUUACUUGUGAAUGAACAAUUACUUGUGAAUGAACAAUUACUUGUGGAUGAACAAUUACUUGUGAAUGAACAAUUACUUGUGGAUGAACAAUUACUUGUGGAUGAACAAUUACUUGUGAAUGAACAAUUACUUGUGGAUGAACAAUUACUUGUGGAUGAACAAUUACUUGUGGAUGAACAAUUACUUGUGGAUGAACAAUUACUUGUGAAUGAACAAUUACUUGUGGAUGAACAAUUACUUUUGGAUGAACAAUUACUUUUGGAUGAACAAUUACUUGUGGAUGAACAAUCACUUGUGAAUGAACAAUUACUUGUGGAUGAACAAUUACUUGUGGAUGAACAAUUACUUGUGAAUGAACAAUUACUUGUGGAUGAACAAUUACUUGUGAAUGAACAAUCACUUGUGAAUGAACAAUUACUUGUUGAUGAACAAUUACUUUUGGAUGAACAAUUACUUUUGGAUGAACAAUUACUUGUGGAUGAACAAUUACUUGUGGAUGAACAAUUACUUGUGAAUGAACAAUUACUUGUGGAUGAACAAUUACUUGUGAAUGAACAAUUACUUGUGGAUGAACAAUUACCUGUGGAUGAACAAUUACUUGUGGAUGAACAAUUACUUGUGAAUGAACAAUUACUUUUGGAUGAACAAUUACUUUUGGAUGAACAAUUACUUUUGGAUGAACAAUUACUUGUGAAUGAACAAUCACUUGCGAAUGAACAAUUACUUUUGGAUGAACAAUCACUUGUGAAUGAACAAUCACUUGUGGAUGAACAAUUACUUGUGGAUGAACAAUCACUUGUGGAUGAACAAUUACUUUUGGAUGAACAAUUACUUGUGAAUGAACAAUCACUUGUGGAUGAACAAUUACUUGUGAAUGAACAAUUACCUGUGGAUGAACAAUUACUUGUGAAUGAACAAUCACUUGUGGAUGAACAAUUACUUGUGGAUGAACAAUCACUUGUGGAUGAACAAUUACUUUUGGAUGAACAAUCACUUGUGAAUGAACAAUCACUUGUGAAUGAACAAUUACUUGUGAAUGAACAAUCACUUGUGAAUGAACAAUCACUUGUGAAUGAACAAUCACUUGUGGAUGAACAAUUACUUGUGGAUGAACAAUUACUUGUGAAUGAACAAUUACUUGUGGAUGAACAAUUACUUUUGGAUGAACAAUUACUUGUGGAUGAACAAUCACUUGUGAAUGAACAAUCACUUGUGGAUGAACAAUUACUUUUGGAUGAACAAUCACUUGUGAAUGAACAAUCACUUGUGAAUGAACAAUUACUUGUGAAUGAACAAUCACUUGUGAAUGAACAAUUACUUGUGGAUGAACAAUCACUUGUGGAUGAACAAUUACUUGUGGAUAAACAAUCACUUUUGGAUGAACAAUUACUUGUGAAUGAACAAUCACUUGUGGAUGAACAAUUACUUGUGGAUGAACAAUUCCUUUUGGAUGAACAAUUACUUGUGAAUGAACAAUCACUUGUGGAUGAACAAUUACUUUUGGAUGAACAAUCACUUGUGAAUGAACAAUCACUUGUGAAUGAACAAUCACUUGUGGAUGAACAAUUACUUGUGGAUGAACAAUUACUUGUGGAUGAACAAUUACUUGUGAAUGAACAAUUACUUGUGGAUGAACAAUUACUUUUGGAUGAACAAUUACUUGUGGAUGAACAAUUACUUGUGAAUGAACAAUCACUUGUGGAUGAACAAUUACUUGUGGAUAAACAAUUACUUGUGGAUGAACAAUUACUUGUGGAUGAACAAUUACUUGUGGAUGAACAAUUACUUGUGGAUGAACAAUUACUUGUGGAUAAACAAUUACUUGUGGAUGAACAAUUACUUGUGGAUAAACAAUUACUUGUGGAUGAACAAUUACUUGUGGAUGAACAAUUACUUGUGGAUAAACAAUUACUUGUGGAUGAACAAUUUCUUGUGGAUGAACAAUUACUUGUGGAUGAACAAUCACUUGUGGAUGAACAAUUACUUAUGGAUGAACAAUUAACGGAGCAACCGACUAUGCAAGCUAAUGACUUAAGUCAGGCUAACGAAACAAGUGAUAAACAGCAAGGUAUCCAUCAGCGACCUAUACGUGAUGGUUGUGUAGCUUCUUAUUAUCAACAAGCGAUUGAAGAUCAAACAUCACUUAAUGACCAGCUGGCAAAAGAUCAACAACCAGCUACUGAUGAGCUAGCAACUAGUGAUGGGUCAGCUAUUGUUGAACAAACAGCUAUCAGUGAACAGCUUCCUAUUGUUGAACAAACAGCUAUCAGUGAGCAGCUACCUAUUGAUAAUGAACAACUAGCUAUCAGUGAGCAGCUACCUAUUGAUGAACAACCAGCUAUUAGUGAGCAGCUACCUAUUGAUAACGAACAAUUAGCUAUACGUGAACAGCUACUUAUUGAUAAUGAACAACUAGCUAUAAGUGAACGGCCACCUAUUGAUGAACAACUAUCUAUAAGUGAACGGCUACCUAUUGAUAAACAACCAGAUAUCAGUAAACAGUUACCUAUUGAUGAAAAACUACCUCUCAAUGAAGAGCUACCUAUUGAUGACAAAAAACUGGCUAUCGUCGAACAGCUACCUAUUGAUGACCAACUAACUAUAAGUGAACAGCUACCUAUUGAUGACCAACUAACUAUAAGUGAACAGCUACCUAUCGAUGAAAAACCAGCGCUCAGUGAAAAGUUUACAAUUAAUGAACAACUUGCUAUAGGUGAACAGUUCCCUAUUGAUGAACAACCAGCUAUCAGUGAACAGCUACCAAUUGAUAAUGAACAACUAGCUAUCACUGAAAAGAUACCAAUUGAUAAUGAACAACUAGCUAUCACUGAAAAGAUACCAAUUGAUAAUGAACAACUAGCUAUCACUGAAAAGAUACCAAUUGAUAAUGAACAAUUAGCUAUCAGUGAAAAGAUACCUAUUGAUAAUGAACAAGUAGCUAUAAGUGAACGGCUACCUAUUGAUGAACAACCAGCUAUCACUGAACAGCUAUCAAUUGAUAAUGAACAGCUAGCUAUCAGUGAGCAGAUACCAAUUGAUGAACAACUAGCUAUCAGUGAACAGCUACCUAUUGAUGAGCAACUAGCUACAAGUGAACGGCUACCUAUUGAUGAACAACCAGCUAUCAAUGAACAGCUAUCAAUUGAUAAUGAACAACUAGCGAUCAGUGAACAGCUACCUAUUGAUAAUGAACAACUAGCUACAAGUGAACAGCUACCAAUUGAUGAACAACUAGCUAUCAGUGAACAGCUACCAAUUGAUAAUGAACAAUUAGCUAUCAGUGAAAAGAUGCCUAUUGAUAAUGAACAACUAGCUACAAGUGAACAGCUACCAAUUGAUGAACAACUAGCUAUCAGUGAACAGCUACCAAUUGAUAAUGAACAAUUAGCUAUCAGUGAAAAGAUGCCUAUUGAUAAUGAACAACUAGCUACAAGUGAACAGCUACCAAUUGAUGAACAACUAGCUAUCAGUGAACAGCUACCAAUUGAUAAUGAACAAUUAGCUAUCAGUGAAAAGAUACCUAUUGAUAAUGAACAAGUAGCUAUAAGUGAACGGCUACCUAUUGAUGAACAACCAGCUAUCACUGAACAGCUAUCAAUUGAUAAUGAACAGCUAGCUAUCAGUGAGCAGAUACCAAUUGAUGAACAACUAGCUAUCAGUGAACAGCUACCUAUUGAUGAGCAACUAGCUACAAGUGAACGGCUACCUAUUGAUGAACAACCAGCUAUCAAUGAACAGCUAUCAAUUGAUAAUGAACAACUAGCGAUCAGUGAACAGCUACCUAUUGAUAAUGAACAACUAGCUACAAGUGAACAGCUACCAAUUGAUGAACAACUAGCUAUCAGUGAACAGCUACCAAUUGAUAAUGAACAACUAGCGAUCAGUGAACAGCUACCAAUUGAUAAUGAACAACUAGCGAUCAGUAAACAGCUACCAAUUGAUGAACAACUAGCUAUCAGUGAACAGCUACCAAUUGAUGAACAACUAGCGAUCAGUGAACAGCUACCAAUUGAUAAUGAACAACUAGCUAUAAGUGAACAGCUACCUGUUGAUGAUGAACACAUUGCUUUUAAUGAACAACCAAUACUUGAUGGGCAACCAACUAUUGAUGAAAAACUAUCCAUUACAAAACAACCAAAUAUUGAUGAAAAAACAGCUAUUUAUGAACAACCAGCUACUGAUGAACUAUCUGUUAAGGAAAAACUAGCUACAGAGAAACACCCGCAAGGUUGCCAACUAACGUUUGACGAUCAACCAAAGUUUGACGAUCAACCAAAGUUUGACGAUCAACCAAAGUUUGACGAUCAACCAAAGUUUGACGAUCAAGCAGUUUGUGACCAGCCACUAGCUUUUGAUGACCAACCAGAUUUCGAUUAUCAACAAGAUGAUGUCGACCGACUGGACAGUCUACCAGCCACAUGCUAUUCUCAACAGGUCGAUGACCGACUAAACAUCAAUGAACAAUUAGAUGAUCAAAAUGAGAAAGCUGGUAAAGAUCAGAUAUCUAUUUACGAGGAGCUGGCAGCUGAUGACCAGUUAGCAGUUCAGAAGCAAGUAUCUGUUGACGAGGAGCUGGCAGCUAAUGACCAGUUAGCAGUUCAGAAGCAAGUAUCUGUUGACGAGGAGCUGGCAGCUGAUGACCAGUUAGCAGUUCAGAAGCAAGUAUCUAUUGACGAGGAGCUGGCAGCUAAUGACCAGUUAGCAGUUCAGAAGCAAGUAUCUGUUGAUGACACAGACGUUGUAAAGGAUCCAUUGGUUGUUGAUGAGAACAUUGCAGUGACGGACCAACUGACUAACAGUGAACAACAAGCACAGGAAAAUAUAACAGUUACCAACGACGGUGAUUUGUUCAGUCUAAAAGGACAAUCGUGUCCGAGCGAAUACACUGUCACAAAGUUGCAUCAAGAAGCGAAGAGUCUUGUGUUGGACCAACCAAUCAACGAUGUCACCAAAGAAGCUGGGGAUGGAUCGCUAGCUGAACUAAGCAGCGGCGCAAAGGUUGUCGACUCUGAUGACUUCAGCUGUCUUCUUUCGUCAGAGAGACAGGACAUCAGUGACAACUUUGAUUCUGAAAAAGAAGAACUGCUCACCAACAACGAUACAAACACGGACAACGAAUCCGUGGCUGCAGACACCUAUAUGUAUUUAAGCUCAUUAAUUAAUAAGGAAUCCAUGUUAGAAUUUAAUCAGAGCGAACCAGAGAACGAUAUCAAAGACCUACUCAGAGAAAACGUGGCAUAUGACCAACAAGAAACAAGAAUUGAAAUGAAUGAUGAAAUCAAACUAGAAGACAGACAGUAUGAUGUAAUCGAACCAGAAAGCCAAGAACAAGAAUGUAAUGAAAUCAUUCCAGAAGAUAAAAUAUGUCAUAAAAUCAAUAUUCAAUACCAAGAAGUCGAUAACAGUUUACGAGAACAAAUAUGUGAUGAAAUCAAACAAGAGGAACAAAGAAUUGUUGGAAUCAAACAGGAGGAACAAAGAUAUGUUGAAAUCAAACAAAAGGAACAAAGAUUUGAUGAAAUCAAACAAGAGGAACAAAGAUGUGAUGAAAUCAAACAAGAGAAACAAAGAUUUGAUGAAAUCAAACAAGAAGAACAAACCGAAACACGAGACCAAGAAAAAGAUGAAACCAUCCAACAAGAAACUACUGACGAUGUUAUAAUAAGUAGUCUUGAUUUCGCUGUGUCCCUGAACUUGGACCGAGAGUACCAGUCGGCACCUAAUCUAAGUGACCCGAAUGAAGAACUGGCUCGAGAAGCGGAAACCGAUUUGUGUCGAGCCGAGAUUUUGGAAGAGGAUGCUUUUUGGAAGGAUCAAAGAAAGUUCAACGAUGACCAUGUUUACUCGGGCGUGUCCAGUCAAGACGAAACUUACAAGCAAUUUACGGACUUGGUAAACAGCGAGCAAAACCUGGAAAGCUUCGAUCAAUGGUCGUCACACGACGGCACUGACCGAGAGCUGUUGUUCGACAGCCAUUCCUUGGCCAAUUCUGUGACGGUUGAAAUCAAGCACGUUCUUCAGGUGGAUCAACAAAGUGGACAGGUUCCUGCUGGAGAGGCAACUGAAUGUAUCUCAACGCAUGGGAAAAGGUCAAAGAACGAAGCUUUUACUAGCGAAGAUUUGUUCACUGGCUGUGGAGAACAUCUUAAGAGUUCAGCUGAAGGAGUUCUACCACAUCCGCUGACUGAAGAAGACAAAGAGGAAGACGCGAAGCUGGCGUCAAUCUUGUCAGAACAAGAUGAAAUUCACAUUUCAAAGAACCCAGCGGAUGCCGCCCAGAAAGACACGACGGAAGUGGAUACAUUUUACGCUGAGGUAAUGCAGGCCAGAGAUGUACCAGACCCGUACGAAGUGGAGAAACAGAGUGUCACUAUAGGGCCUCAUUCACCCUUAAUCAAACGGAAAUGUUCCGAUGUCGGAGACGGAAGAUUCGCUGAACAAUACGAGGAGGAACCAACCUUGUUUGAGCUUGCUGAGGAGGGUAAGGACUUUGAGAAGUUGGUCGAUGCAGCAACUGAAGCGUUAGAUGUGAGUUUGGAAAAGUCUCCCUUAAAACACAUGACAGAGAAAGACGAAGAGAGCAUCCCGCUUGUCAAAGAAACCAAAGACGGCAGACGCCGGGUGAAGAAAGGGAAGCAAUCGCAGAAACUGGCCGACAUCGGCAGCGACUCCACUAUUGCGGGUCUUUCGGCCAGGGCGCCGCUUCAAAAAGCCAAGAGUAAUGAAGAGUGCGCUCUUCUAGGCACGGAGGGCUGGAACGAAGAGGAGAGCCGACCUAGCGCCCUGAGAGCUACAAAAAGCAGCCCUUGCCCAGCAGUGAUGGUUAAAAGAAUUCCCAUCGUGGAUGUCGAGGACUUUCCCAAGGACGUGCCGUGCAUAUAUCACCCAGUUGACAUUGUUAUUCAAGAUUUGACUGAAGUUGACAAUGCUAUUCAAGAUUUGACUAAAGUUGACAAUGCUAUUCAAGAUUUGACUAAAGUUGACAAUGCUAUUCAAGAUUGGACUAAAGUUGACAAUGCUAUUCAAGAUUUGACUAAAGUUGACAAUGCUAUUCAAGAUUUGACUAAAGUUGACAAUGCUAUUCAAGAUUGGACUUAG